GUUGGUGAUGAUGUGAAUUCAUUCCUGUUGUCCUGUUCACAAUUUGCAGCUCAGCUGGAGGAAGCAGUUAAGGAAGAACGUAGCGUGUUGGAAUCUCUUUACAAGUGGUUUCAGCAACAAGUCAACCAAAUGGAGGAGAUAAGCAGAGACCAAAGUAAUUUAGAAAGAGAUCUUCAAUCAGAUGGUAAAUCGGCCAGUUUGAACAUUGUACAAAUUGCAAAACUGGCUCGUAAAUUUGAAGAUAUUAAAGGUCGCCUAAAAGAGCGCAAGGCAGCCAUGCAGACUAAAGAAGAGAAUAAAGCGACUCUAGCAGAAACAUUGAAAAGUUUUGGACUUAUAGAAAAGCAAAUUGAAGACUUCAUAAAAUCCCAUUCAACUUUAGAAUCUCAAACUGAAACGGAGCCAGCUUCAGCACGUCCAACUAGCUUACCAGCAUUAGGAACUCCUGCUUCAGUGACUACUCGGAUGAAUACGAUGAUGAAAAUAUUUGAAAAUCAGACAACAAUGUUAGAGAAAGCUUUAACUGAACAGAAUGUAAUUGAGUGUAAAUUUAAACAAAUGGAAACUGAUUUUCAAAUGUUAUUACUGGAGAAAACCCUGCUGGAAGGCGAAAUACGAAGGCUGAGAGAGAUAGAGGCAAAGUCUGCAAGCAAAGAAGAGAGAACCAAGAAAUCCGGAAAAUCAGAUAAGAAAAAAAUUAAAGAAAA